AUGGCCGAUUUGGAACUCUUCUACUUUGAUCAACAAAGUCAACCUGACUGGCAAGCGUUUAACUUGCACCUGGACAACUCCGAUAUUUGUGGCUUUGAUUGCUCCCUCGCAAAAUCACAACUUGCUCUCCGAAGGAGUGACUCUGAAGAAAACGCGAUUUUCUGUGCGGAGCAAGGGAAUUCAGCACCUUGGACAGCGGCCGCGCUGACUAGCCAACUCUGCGAUUUGAACGAUCAGGAUAAAGAGCCGACUGUGUGUAUUGAGAAAGACUUAGAGUCUUCCUUGGCUUUUCUCGAUGACAAUGCUGAACUUGACCCCAGCAAUCCACCGCAGCCAGAUAAACGUAACUAUGCCUGUUUGUGUGAGACGUCUUCAGGCGAUCUCCAAGAGGUCUUCCCGGAUUUUUCGCACUUGCCCGAUGAAGACCUCGACUUCGAGGCAACAGGGAAGUCGACAGAUUACGGAUUCAUAUGUGCGGUCACGUUCUUGAUCACGGGCAUCUCUCUAGUGGUCAUCUCUUACACGAUCCCUAGGGAUGUCACCGUCAAUCCAGACAGUGUGUCUGCCAGGGAGAUGGAGAGGCUGGAACGAGAGAACGCCCGUGUGGGUGCCCACCUGGACCGGUGUGUCAUCGCAGGACUAUGCCUACUGACUCUCGGCGGAGUCAUCCUAUCGAUUCUGCUCAUGGUCUCUAUGUGGAAAGGUGAAAUGGUCAGAAGGAAGGCGUUUGCGUAUUCCAGGCAGUCGGCUAAACUUUAUGGCUCCAUAAAUUUCCGCACAGCGGGGAGUCCAUCUGGACCCUCUCUGCAUUUAUCCGCGGACGAGGACGAGACGGAAGUUCUCAGCUAAGGAGGAGGCUAACCACAGACGGUCUGGAUCUUAUCCUGGCGUAGUGCCAAAAAAACGAGCUCUUCCCUCGCACAGCUUCUUUCCAUAACACCCUUAAGUGUAACAUUUUACCAGCUGUUGUCUUUUGGGAUACUGACAGACGCAGUCCUAAUAGCUUCCUAUGCUUGGUAUCUGCAUGUUAGAGCUUUAACUCUCUCUCUCUCUCUCUCUCUCUGACUCUCUCUCUCUCUCUCUCUCUCUCUCUCUUUCUCACUCUCUCUCUCUCUCUAUCUGCCCAUCUAGCCUAUCUAUCAUUCUCUCUUGCUUUUAUGAAAAGUUUUUUGUAAUUAUAUGGAUAUAUUGUACAUCUAUGAUAACAUAGGAGUUGUUGACUUUGUGAAAACAGGGCUACCAUUUUAAACUACAAUACCUUGAGCCAUUCGUAUUGUGUUAUUGCCAAAACAUCACUUUUUCA